GACACACACACACACACACAGGUGAACGUCUCCACUGUGUGACGUCACCGGGAUGGGCAGGUCACGUGGGGCGGUGCUGCGGUGUAACGUUACUGAAAUGGGAGAAAGGAGACGCGGGGAAGAAAAGGGAAGCAAACACGCAGCAGGAGCAAAGACCUUUACAUGGCUGCUGUCAAUGCCCUGCGACUGCGACAAGCACUGACGUUCCUGCGUAUGAAGACCUCUACCUGCGCGCCCUCUGACUGCGCCACAGUCCGACGUGCAUGGAUGUGCGAGGGCCCUUCGACACUGCUUGCAGUUUUAAUCAUUAUUAUUAUUAUUAUUAUUAUUAUCAUCAUUAAUAUUAAUAUCUGUGUGUUUUUCUUCUUUCCGCAGGUGAUUCCUCGGCUCUCUGUGUGUUUAAACAAGGUUUGCAUUCUGACCUGCAAGCCAAUGUAAGUCGUGUUGAGUGACUGCGUGUGAAAGAGGGACCAACACCAUCCUCAUGUCCAAUGGAGGAGGCUUUUACGGACACACUGAGCGUGUCCGCCAGGCGCCGUCGCCGCACUACGACCAGGUUCCCCCCGGCUCUUUACGCCGAGCAGACUCCUACGACUUCGAGCCGCUGAGCGAGCAGACGACGGCCGCUCGUCUCGCCCAGAGUGCCGACCCCCUCCCUCCGCCUCCUCUGCCCGACCAGCCGCCCGUCGGACCCGAGUUCGACCCCAGCGGCAGCGAGGGGAACUACAACGACGACGACCCUGCCAUCGACAUCAAACCGGUCCAUCGCUUCAUCCCCGACUCCUGGAAGGACUUUUUUCGGGGGAGCAACCGCAGCAACAAGUGGUCCAUGCCUGGUUCUUCCUAUAAUAACAACAACAGCACCUCUGAGGGGGUCCGCUGCUCUCCUCCUCAGUCUCCGUCCGUCCCUGGAUCGUACAGGGAUCCCUAUGGCGGCUCAGGCAGCAGCUACAACUCCCGCAAGGAGCUUCUGGAAGUCCGGGACGCCCACGAGUCCCUGUCGGGCCGCACCCACCACACCGGUCUGACCUACAGCGAGCGAGUGGAGGAGUACCAGCUGCGCUACGCCUACAUGAAGUCCUGGCCGGGUCUGCUGAGGAUUCUGGGCUGCGUGGAGCUGCUGCUGGGCGCCGCCGUGUUCGCCUGCGUCUGCGCCUACAUCCACAAGGACAACGAGUGGUUCAACAUGUUUGGAUACUCGUCUCCGGGUGGAGCGUACGGAGGAGGAGCGUACGGAGGAGGGUUGUACGGCGGAGGGACGGGCGGCAGCUACUACAGCGGACCCAAGACCCCGUUUGUGCUGGUGGUGGCGGGUCUGGCCUGGCUGGUGACUGUGAUUCUGUUAGUGUUGGGGAUGACUAUGUACUAUCGCACCAUCCUGCUGGACUCCACCUGGUGGCCGCUGACAGAGUUUGUGUUGAACUUGUCGCUGGCGGUGCUCUACAUGGCGGCAGCCAUCGUCUAUGUGCGUGACACGACUCGCGGAGGCCUCUGCUCCUAUCCCAUCUUCAACAACGGCAUCAACGGAGCGUUCUGCCGCACCGAGGCGGGCCAGACCGCCGCCAUCAUCUUCCUCUUCGUCACCAUGGUCGUCUAUCUGAUCGGAGCCAUCGUUUGCCUCAAGCUGUGGAGGCAUGAAGCGGCACGCAGAUAUCGGGAGAAGUACGGCCAGGAGAUGCAGCCGUCCGAGAUGCAAGCUCUGCACUCGUUGACUGCACCCAAAGCUCCAGAGCAGGUCGACGGCUCCUCAGUCAUUCCCAUCCAGGCGGCACCAAGAGCAACAAAAGCAGGACCUCCAAAGGUUUUACAGGGAGGGAUCCCCUCAGGACACAUCCCCAAACCGGUUAUUGUGCCUGACUAUAUUGCUAAAUACCCGACGAUCCGGACGGAUGAGGAGCGGGAUCAGUACCGAGCCGUGUUCAACGACCAGUACGCAGAGUACAAAGAGCUCCACUCCGAGGUUCAGGCUACCUCCAAGAAGUUUGACGAGAUGGACGCCAUGAUGCGCGGCCUGCCGCAGCACCCGACCACGCAGAUGGAGGCUGAUCGCAUUGGCAAAAUCCUUCAGGAUUACCAGAGAAAGAAAAAUGAUCCAACAUUCCUGGAGAAAAAGGAGCGCUGUGAAUACCUGAAGAGCAAACUGUCUCACAUCAAACAGAAGAUCCAAGAAUACGAUAAAGUCAUGGAGUGGAACGAUGCAGCAGCAGUUUCAGUCGAAAGAUUUGUCUUUACAGAGCAGCACCCGAAGGAUUCAACAGCGAUGUCCUCGAGGCCCAACGGGAGUCCACCUCCCUACGAGUCUGAUGGAUAUAACGUCCCUCCGCCCCAGCCGGCCUACUCAUACUACCCAGAUGAUGAAUUCCAGCAUUUCUACCGCUGGACUUCUCCGCCGGGAAUCCUUAAAAUCAUGUCCGUCAUCACCUUGGUGCUGUGCUUGGCCAUAUUCGCCUGCGUCGCCUCCACUUUGGCGUGGGACUCUCAGGGAGCGUUGGGCGGCUUCGGCGGAGGCUACGGCGGCGGCGGCGGCUAUGGCGGCGGCUACGGCAGUUUCGGAGGCGGUGGAUACGGAGCUGGCAACAACUACGGUUACGGCGGGAUCGGUGGGAACUACAACGACCCGAGAGCGGGGAAAGGCUUCAUCAUCGCCAUGGCUACCAUCACCUUUAUCUUCGCCCUGGCCGUCUUCAUCAUCAUCGUGUCUCACCAGAGCCUGACGGAGAGCAGGAGGUUCUACCUGACGGUGUUGAUAGUGUCGGCCAUCUUGGCUCUGCUGAUGCUCAUAGCGUCCAUCGUCUACCUGGUGGCGGUGAACCCGAUGGCGCAGUCGUCCGGCUCGGCCUACGGCAGCCAGAUCGCCGGCCUUUGCGCCCAAUACCAACAACCGCAACCCUCAGGAAUGUUUGUCAAUCAGUACCUCUACCACUACUGCGUCGUGGAGCCUCAAGAGGCCAUCGCCAUUGUGUGCGGCUUCCUGGUCACGGCGGCGCUCAUCAUCAUGCUCGUCUUCGCUCUGAAGACUCGCCGGAAGAUCCAGAACUACGGCAAGAGCAACAUUUUGUGGAAGAAGGUGAAGAUCAUCGACGACUUGGAGCCUCCUCAGGAUGUAGAGGCGUGGGUGAACAAUGUGUCCGUCCCGGCUGAGGAAGUCCCGAUGGCAGCGUACCCUGAGAAGCUGAGAGGGUCCAGGAGUCAUCUGGACGACGAAAGCAACUACGACAAACCUCCGUACAGCUACACACCGCAGCCUGCAUCAGAAGAGGAAAGGCCUCUGCACAACGGAGCUCCGUACAGCAGUAACUCAGAAGCACCGAGCUCCACCGGAAAACCCAGAAAGAGACGCGCAGGUCGACCACGCCGCGCCGAUGGAGAAGGUUUCGACACGGACUACAACUCCUCUGGAGACGAGCUGGAUGACGACGACUUCUUCAGUGAAUUUCCUCCGAUCACCAACGAGCAGGACCGCAACAGCUACAAGCGCGAGUUCGACCGCGACCACCUGGAGUACAAAGACAUGCAGGCGGAGCUGGACGCCAUUAACAGGAACCUGGCGGAGGUGGACAGAGAGCUGGAUGAGCUGCAAGAGGGAAGUCCGCAGUACCUGGAUGCUAUGGACGAGUACAGCAGGAUAAAGGCCAUGAAACGGUCUGCAGACUACCAGAUGAAGAAGCGUCGGUGUAAAUAUCUGAAGGGAAAACUGAACCACAUCAAGAAGAUGGUCAGCGACUACGACAGAGCCUGAGCGACGCUGCGGGGAGGAUUUAAACACCUGUCCCAAACAAGACAGAAAGGACUAUAAUUAGAUCAGAGUUUUUUGGGUGCUGUUAGAGGAGAAAGUGUCCACAGUCCGCCUGAGCUGAUAGCUGACAGCUGGAGAAACUAUGCAGAGGGUUUUAUUUGUAUAUAUGAGACACAGAAAACAAAUAUUCUGCUUUUAUUCCACUGUCUGUACUGUGAGUGUCACCUGCCGUAGAUACUGAUAUGUAUUUAUUUUGCAUAAUGUGAUCAGAGCUGAAGUAAACAAAUUAAAACAAAAUCCCAGUUCAUUUUAAAUGGUGUUAAACGUUUAUAAUGACUCAUCUUUUUAAUCCUCAUUUUUAAUUCAUUCUUUUUUUCUUUUUUUAACAACAAUGUAAACAUGUAAAUAUGUGGGAAAC